AUGUCGCUGGAUACGUCUCAUCUUCAUGGUCUUCGGGGAGUCGCAUCCCUCCUGGUCUAUAUACACCACCAUGAGCUCUGGGCCCAUAACGCCUCUUAUGAUACUAUUGAGCGAGCCUUCGGUUAUAGGCAGCGCCAUCACUUUAUUACCCUACCAUUUAUACGUCUCGUCUUCAACGGUGGCCACUUUGCAACCGCCGUUUUCUUUGUCUUAUCAGGCUAUGUGUUGUCUGUAAAGCCAUUAACGAUCAUUAAUUGCCCACGAACCACGUCUUCGAUUGAGAGCCAGGAAAGGCUGGCGUGCUACAUCUCUUUGGCUAUCUUUCGAAGAUGGUUCAGGUUGUUUAUACCUGUAUUCGUCACGACUUUCACGUACAUGAGCUUGCUAUAUAUCUUCGGCCUUCACGCUCCUGGGCAUAGCACUCAGGCAGCGUACAGUCUAGAGUUCAGACGAUGGAUGCAUGAGGUUCUAAACUUCAGCUUCAUCUUCGACCGAACCACUUCGCCGUGGCCCAGCUAUAACGAUCACCUGUGGUCCUUAGCUAUCGAGUUCAAGGGCUCACUCGCCACGUAUACUUGCCUCGCUGUUCUUUCUCGGUCAACAAUACACUACCGAUUAGUGUCCUACAUUUUGCUGAUCGUUUAUUUCCUCUUCCUAGUCACUGAUGGAUGGUUCUGCGCCUUCUUCAUCGCUGGCUUGUCCAUACGCGACUUGGAAAUCGUGUUUGGUGGUUAUGUGACAUCCAUGAUGCAAGGCAAAGCCUGGACCAGUGUCUUGCUCAAAUGUCUUUUGUCCGGUUUUGGCUUGUACAUGGCCGGCGUACCGACCUGUCUUUCUUCAAAGUGCUUUCGUAUGAACCCAGGAUGGUCUUUUUUAUCACCUCUCCCAAGUUUAGUUACUUGUGACCCUAAAUGGGUUCCGCUCUUCUGUGCUUCAGUCCUGUUUGUGCCACUGGUGAGACAUACUUGGCUGAAAAGGCCUCUGCAGUCUUCCAUCUUUCAAUAUUUGGGACGUAACUCAUACAGUCUCUAUCUUAUACAUGGACCUGUCCUACGUAUCUUUGGGGACUCACUAUAUGCAUGCGUUUCCUGGCCAUAUGGGGAUCGUAGAAUGCUUCACACAAGAUUCGACUCAUGGGCAGGAUUCCUGCCAAUCACCAUGAGCGGGCCGUUUGGCAUGGAGGGAGCCUUUUUAGCUGUCCAAGCCAUUAUGCUGCCAAUCUCUCUGUCUAUUUCUCAUUUCGUAACACAUACGGUUGAUGAGCCUUGCGUGCGCUUGUCCAAGAUGAUUGUAAAUGUGUUGCUUGGGAAAGAGCAGUAA